AUCGAUAGUUCACCAAUCGGAGUUCACAGCCGGAGAUUUUGCUAGAAAUAAAAUUAAACCAUAAAUUAAUCAAUUAAAAUGAACCGAGUGAAGACCACGCAGUCCAAGACGGGCGAGAUCAUCGCCUACAGCGAGGGGGCCAUCCGGAACAACAUAUCCGCGGUGGAGUACUGCCGGACAUCGAUGGCCGCCAUCUCGGGCUGCGCUGCGGGCAUUCUGGGACUGAGUGGAACGCUGGGCUUCCUCUUCUACUUCCUGUCCGUCUUCGUGCUCUGGAUAAUGGUGCUCCUCAAGUCGGGCACCCAGUGGCGCAAGUUCUUCAUCAACCGCAGGAAUCUGCUGACCAACCAGUUCAUGGGCGGCCUUUGCACCUACGUGCUCUUCUGGACAUUCCUCUACGGCAUGGUUCACGUGUAUUAGCGCAUUUAUAACUUAUAUAGCGAAAUAAACAUAGGAUCUUUGGUUUAACACAA